AUGAGGUCUCUGGUCUUCGUUCUGCUCAUCGGAGCUGCUUUCGCCACCGAGGACGACAAGAUCGUCGGAGGGUAUGAGUGCGGACGCCACUCCCAGCCCCACCAGGUGUCUCUGAAUAUUGGGUACCACUACUGUGGUGGCUCCCUGGUCAAUGAGGACUGGGUUGUUUCUGCUGCUCACUGCUACAAGUCUCGGUAUGACGUGCGUCUUGGAGAGCACAACAUCGGGAUCAGAGAGAACACCGAGCAGUUCAUCACCUCCUCCCGUGUCAUCCGCCACCCCAACUACAACGGCUACACCUUAGACAAUGACAUCAUGUUGAUCAAGCUGAGCAGGCCCGCCACCUUCAACCAGUAUGUGCAGCCCGUGGCUCUGCCCACCAGCUGUGCCCCUGCUGGCACCAUGUGCACCGUCUCUGGCUGGGGCGACACCAUGAGCUCCACUGCUGACAGCGACAAGCUGCAGUGCCUGCAGAUCCCCAUCCUGUCUCAGAGAGACUGUGAUAACUCCUACCCUGGCGAAAUCACUGACGCCAUGUUCUGCGCUGGAUACCUGGAGGGAGGCAAGGACUCUUGCCAGGGUGACUCUGGUGGCCCUCUCCUGUGCAACGGUGAGCUGCAGGGUGUUGUGUCCUGGGGCUACCUAUGUGCUGAGAGAAACUACCCUGGUGUCUACGCCAAGGUCUGCAUCUUCACCGACUGGCUGCAGAGGACCAUGGCCAGCUAUUAA